CAAAGAUGACGGUUUUGACGAUAAGCCAAAAACGAUGCAACAAACAGUGGGGCAGAGGUGUAUGUUAGUUUUAGAUAAUGCUGGGUAGCGAUAUGUGCCUUACCUGGGGAGAAGCCUUGCCUGUGCAAAACUACUGCACAGAUGAAAUGUGAUGUUGACGAUGGACCAGAGUGGAAGUUUAGAAACUUGAAAACCCGCGAGUCUCAGUGAUGCGACUGAGCGUAUUGGAAUAUGAAUGGAGUCUACACAUUGUUGAGAAGUCCUCGUGAAAAUUACCCCAGAGGUCCAACAGCCUGGCCUUUCAUAGGGAAUGUGCAAAUUCUCUCGUAUAAGCCUCACUUGAGACUUUUCAAUCUGAAGGACACGUAUGGCGAUGUAUUCAGCUUAAAGCUUGGGACGCAAGAUGUAGUCGUUGUGUGUUCUUUGGCUGGUAUACAAGAAGGGCUCCAAGAACGAGGAGAAACGUUUGCAGAACGUCCAAAUAGUCAGGUGUAUAAUGCUUUGUACAAUGGAAACAGGCAGAAUGGGAUUUCCACCAGUGAUUACACAGAAAAAUCCUACAUUAAGAGAGGAUUUAUCCAAGCAUGUUUAGACGGACAUUAUGCUAAUGACAAUGUUAUUGAGGAGAAGAUUGCGAUCCAUGCUACAGACAUUCUGCUGGCAUUUAUAGAAUAUGAAGGCAAGCCGUUUGAUCCCAGUGACAUAUUUUUUUUGAACUGUUUGCGUGUUUCUCUGUGGUUGGUGUACGGCCAACAGUUCGACCAGCGAGAUAAUAAUUUACAUGAAAUACUAGCAACCUUCAAACUGCGUUCUAGUUUAAAAGGCCUGUGGCUGACAGACAUCCCAUUGUGUCGUUUUCUGGAUGAGAAAAAAAUUCAUGAAGUGCGUCAUCGAACCGCUCUUCAAACCACAUUCCAAGGCAAGCUUCUCGAUAAGCACAAAGACACGUAUGAUCCAGAUGUUGUGCGUGACAUGAUUGAUCAGCUUCUGAUUUUCAUAGAAAACGACGAAGACCGUGGCAUUUUGACAACUGAGGAUAUGACCUAUUUACUACUGGACAUAACAGGUUCCGGCUUCCAGGCUACAGCGGUCACCAUGACCUGGCUCAUGGCUUACAUGGCUUGUUAUCCACAAAUACAGGUCAAAGUUCAAGAGGAAAUAGACACUGUUGUCAGAGGCUCUGGAAUUCCCAGCCUGGCAGAUCAAAUGAAACUACCAUACACUGUAGCAACUAUACUAGAGGUAGAAAGACUGGCCAGUGUUUGCCCCUUCCUUAUUCCACAUCGUGUGGCAGACAAGUGCAUCUUACAAGGCUAUGAUAUUCCUGAAAACACCUGGAUUUUGUUCAAUGUCUGGAGUCUUCAUCACGAUGCCAGGAUGUGGAAAAACCCCAUGAAAUUUGAUCCCAAUAGAUUUGUGGAGAACAACACAGUAACCAUACCAGAUUAUUUCCUCCCAUAUGGGCUCGGUCCACGGUGCUGUGUCGGUGAGAGUUUAGCUGAAGCUGAGAUCUUCUUGUUUUUUGUCAACAUUAUGCAACAGUUCCACAUCAAGCCAGCAGAUGGCGAUGAGAUCAGCCUGGAUGGCGAGUUUAACACGAUUCUCAGGCCGCAAUCAUUCCGUAUACAAGCUCUGGAUAGGAAAGACAUUGAGCUGGAAUCUGUGGACUAG